AUGGGGCUCAGCCAUUUGGAUCUGUCACCUGUGGGGUGGCAAGGCAUGACAGAUUCUUGGUGGGAUAAAGCUGUUGCUGGCUUCCUCCUUGGCUCAUUUAUCCUGGGCCUUUUGUAUUCAUGUUAUCAUGCGGCUCGGUAUACGCUGAAGAAACUCAAGCAUCGCCAAAAAACAGCGAUAUCCCCACCAGUCGCUCGAUAUCUCCGAAACAUGCGACGAAAAAUCAAACAUAAUCCACCAGCCGCACUUGCUGAGGAACCUGUCGGCGAGAGAACGAAGACAUUUGGCGUCUUUCUGGGUAGCUUUUCCGAUCCACCGACCCAAGCACAGCUUGACCUGCUCUCGAGGUGGCAGGUCUUUGCUGUGGAUCCCUUUCAACCUGGCGUCCUGAACGUUCUGCAAACCAACCGUGCCAGUUCCCAGGAGAUACUCGCACGCCUAGAUGUCUGCAAGUUUAUAAGCUCAAACUCCAUAGUCAGCCACGAUGAUGUGGUUCAGAGCCUGGAGAAUCUUACGCAGACAUUUGAAACACUCUUGGGCAACGCACAAGGCGGAGCUACGCCCUUCACCGGCAUUCUCCUUACCAAUUUCAGGUCAUACUACCAACCAGCAAUCAUCAACGAACUAGCCAAAUACGUCAGAUAUUUGGGUCGAGAACUUUGGCUUGAGCUGUCCUAUCCACACUACCUGACCAAAGCAGAAGCUCAGGAAAUCAACAUGAGCUUUGUCCGAGGCCUGGUCUACCGGAAUGGCACCAUACGACCCGACGGUGACCGGCAGAACUAUUUUCAAAUGGAACCAAUGAGAGCGGUGAUGCGGGCUGUGGCAGCUCAGUGCGCUUCCCAUGGCCCAAAACUCGUUAUGUGGGAGUCAGUGGAUGACAGCGAUCAGUUGCAGUACUCUGUUGUCACACGUACUUACAAUUGGUGCACGUUCAAUAGCGCACUCUGCUGGAUUGGCCACAACGACGCGUUGUAUGAUGCCGACAUUGCAAAUAUCCGGACUCUUACAGCAAAGCCAUUGGGUGCUUUGAUGUGGCUGAAAGACGAGGAUAACAUGAGAGCUCACGAUGCCUGGCGUAAGAACGACCAUAUCGCUACCACUUCGCAAGGGCAUGAAGAGAUCUAUGAACAUCUGGCUCCUUUCAUAUCCGACCUACCUGCAAGGCUACGACUAAGUACUAUAAGUAUACCUAGGCCAGUACGUCUGGACAACAUCUUCGCGAGACGCCGGCCUCGUGCAUCUGACCUUUACAACAUCGGCAAGGGUCUGCGUGUGGCCAUCUCAGAAGAUGAGGAGGUCACUGGGCUAGGUUGCUUCCAGUUGGGUCAUGUGGCUACAUUUUCCGAAUUCCAUGAACUCGCCCAAAAUCAGUCGAGACUGAAAGACUUAGAUCUUCUCGCAGAAAUUGAUCAUGACGACCUUAGACUUGCCCGUCAACGAAUCCAGGCCCUCCAAGGGGUUGAAGAUUUGAGUCUUGUUGCCUCACAAGCAGUCGACAAAUUAGUGGAUCUCCUCAGUACACCUACUGAUGAGAACGGAAAUCAUCGCAUACAGAUAUAUUCUGGUCUCCGUUCGGGAUUCCAGACCGAGACGAAAACUCAAUACUGGGGUCUGUAUGAGAUUGAUCCUGCAUCCGACUGCAUCACACUAUACCUCUCAAAUUACGCUACGGACCGAGCAUCGACGAUUUUGCAUACGUUUCUCUCUAGCCAACAAUGCUCCCGUCUAGAAUGUUUCAUGGCAGAGCAAACCAUGGCCGAACUCAAUGGGCAACUUUCGCCGCGCUGGCAAUUGCCCGAACGCAUUGUUCAAGAUAUCCAGCAGCUCUCGCCGGGCGAACUGCUCCAGUUGCAUAUGCGUCUACAGGCUGCAAAAGAAAGAACGGAUCUCUUCAAAUCCAUAUUUCGCUGCCUGGAACAUCAAUUGAUGGACGAGACAAUGCUCACACAGCAGCGUGCUUUUAAUGCGGUAGCAUAUUUGGGCGGAGACAUAUCAGUUGAAGAGCUGGUCACUUCUCGCUUAACGUGGCUAUCUAAUCGAGGAUGUCAUACCCCUGGGCUCUCAGAGGCCAUCCAACUUUUCGAGGAAGUGGACCAACGCGUGGUUUCCGUCCUCAUGAACAAUGACAGCCAUAUCUACGAACGCCUUAGUUCCGCAAUGCAGGCGUUGAUGCUGGCUGAUAGUAUUGAUGCUGGUGCCGACAUCCUUGCACUGUCGGUGUUCUGUGCUUUCCGAAAACUCGCCAUGGAUGAGCUUUACCUGGAGGUCAUGGAUCGAAACCCUUACCCAAAUCAUGCCGCCGACCAAGCUGCUUGCUUCGCUGAGAACUUUGGCCUGGGCUCCCGCUGUGAUUCAUUUUUCGAUACGACACCGAGGAUCGUUGGAAAGAUCAUUUCCGACCGCUAUCGGAGGUACUACAUGAAGCAUCAACCGCCGAGACGUGAUCAUAUAUCCACAGAGCUCCCUACGACCUACGCGGCAAUGCAGGCCGACUGCGAUCCGGGGGAUGGUAGCGACAAAAUAUCAUUCAGGUACCGGGUCACAUUCUUCAGCAUUUUCGCCGUACCGGCGCUCAUCGAUGUCAUGUUGUUGACAACAGUUGGACGUGGUCUAUACUUAACGACAUUCAUGACUUCAGAACAGAAAACCAUGGCCACCGUGUCGCUCAUGUUGGCACUACUACUCAGCGGCGCCUUCGGUCAGUGGAUUUGUUCCGGAGGAAGUUACUACUUUUACGCCAAUGCGUUCCCGGCAAUGAACCUGUUUGUACUCACUCGGUUCACUGCAGGCAUCGCCGUAAGCUUUUUGGUCGCUAUCAUUGGCUUCAUUGCCAUUAUUAUUACACGGACUGCUACGGCCGCUCUAAUAUUCGUGUUCUACUUCAUCAUGCUAUCCACAUACUUCUUGGUGCUAAAUGCGCUCUCAAUCUACCAGAUGCCGGGUUCUGAGUUUCUAUCUGGAAGAACUACCAUCAUCACAUGCAUACCCAUUUUGUUCAUUUCCCCGAUUGUUAGCAUGAUCACCGAGAAGGAGCUUAGCGUCUAUCUGCCCGUAUUGAGCGCCUUUUUGGUAGUAUUUCUUUGGAAAGCUCGAAAUGUGGUUUCUCGAUGGAGCUCCUGGUAUCUCAACAUCCCAUCCGUUACCGACUCCGAGAUCAUCAACUGGUACCGACAGAGCGCCAAUGACACCGGAGUACAACUGAACGGCAUUGGCGAUAACAAGAUGAUGCCCAUUGCCCGUGCGGCGUUUUUUGAUGCCGUCGUCCGAGAGGACAGCCGCUGGUUCUUCACCAAAUCCACCAAAGAUCCACUGGUCAGAAAAAUGGCGAAAGGCUUCAAAUCGACGCUGUUCCUGAUGCGAUGGUAUUGCCGCCACAAGAGAUCAUGGAUGCCUCUUCCGUACAGCACCACUUGGAAUCUCACGCUCAAGGCCGGUAUGGAAAACAUGAUGAACAUGCAAAAGGGGCUGAAACUUCAUAGUGCGUUCCUGCACUGGCGAUCGACCGGCAAAGACGUGUGGUCCGGCUUGCUAUACUUUGUAGUGGCUCUCUUGGACAAGUGGGCCGCACUCUUGACUGGAAGCAGUCUUGUUGGUCUUUCAGUGGAUGCCGGUGACAGAUUUCGACUUGCGCUCGGUUUUGGUCUAUGUUACUACCUCUUUGGCGCCGUCUCUCUCGACAUCAUAUCGCAGCCCCUCUGGGAAGCCGCGCACGAAGCCGUCGACAUUCCCAUCACUUCGCUCGACUCCCUCAAGCAGGCGAACGCAGAAGAUGGCCUUGCGAGGCGCAAUCUGUAUUGGAGAUCACUCUGCAAGCUUUUCUUUUUGCACCUCUGGGGUGCUUCGCUCUUCGCGGCACUAAUGUGGACUUUUCAGUCCUCCCAAGACAAUUCGGUUAUGUUCCUCGCCUACGUUGGCGCAUACUCGGGUCUCCUCUGGUACCAGUACAACAAGAUUUAUUGCGGUCCCGACGGUGCUAAGCCCUUACUAGCAGCCUCGAUCGUCGGACUUCCGAUUGGUAUUGCGCUGCACAUCUGUCUACCCAGUUGGCCGUACAGUGGUAUUGUUUCCUUAGCAGUCGCAACCUGGAUAGCCUGCAUCUACUCCAUGUUCCUCACAAACAUCGGCCGGCCACCCUUCCUAAUCUGGAAGCCAGAGUGGCGAUCCGUGGAAACGGAAGAACAGUCUCCAUUGGCAGUUACUUAUUCUGCGAGUACUCUACAUCCCCAUCAUGACAUUUCGCAGUUCACGUUGGGGCGAAUGUUUGAAUCCAUCCGUGCUGUCCCUCCCGAGGAUCGAUACAUUCUGGACCCGUCUAAGCACCCAGGCAAGCGAGUGCUUGAGCUACUUUCUCUUCGGAGACAACUGCAUUACCCCCCGACAUUGAAAGAAGCAUUUCAAUCUGCUCGCGGUAUUGUCGACCUCGCUGCUAAGAGCUGGAUUGCUGGCGAUCUGAUCGUCGAGCUCAGCUCUUCCCGUAGUAUGCCUUUCGGAGAGACCAAGGUCCAAACUAUCAGUCGCAAGACUAGAGACCGACUGCACAUAAUAGUCAUCCUGGGCCCUGAUAGUGUCCAUCAAGAAUGGGUCAUGAAUCUGGAACGGAACUGGAGAAUCAUCACCGAGGCCAUUGUCCAAUCCUUCUCCGAACACCAGCUCGGCAUGUCUCACGAGGAUGCAACAUUAGCACAACUCUUGGUAGUGGAUCACUUCAGCCAUGAUGAUGUGUCUAUUCCAGAGGGUAUCAAACACCGACUCGAGACUGACCCAUCUGGACGAGUCAAAUUCAUCCAAAAGAGCGACGAUACUCUGCUGCGUUAUGUUCUCUUGGGAAUCGAUUGCGAUCGAGAAUGGGAGAUGCUUCCCGAGUCCGUCCAAGCAUUCAUGCUGAGGCGGUGCAGCGGAUCAUUUGAUGCCCCUAUCGUCGAGGUCGAGGAAUGGAUCUGCUCGAGAUUUGGCUCGCAGAAUUCUCAUGAUGCACGCACGCACAUUGCUCGGUGCGACCUUGGAGCAUCUAUGAUACAAGGUGUGCUAAGCUACGCAAGAUCCGUAGAAACCGACGGCUUCUACAGCACGGAGGAGACCGAGUAUGGCGGCAACAGCGAAACAAACAGCCUCAUCCCCAGGCCGAAUACUCAUCAGGAUCCAACCUUCCUCUCUACACUCAAGAGAAUGGUUGCCAUUUCUCUACGCAGCAUCAAACUCGGGAUCAAAUUUUUCAUCCUUUCUUUCGUCGCAGACCCUGAGUACCAGCGAGAAUUGGACUUCUUAGUCUGCCAAACCAAUCGGUAUAUCUGCUGGCCAUUUGUGUUGUUUUUAAACACCAUAUGGGCAUACUGCAAAGUUCUACAAACGAUCAUUAUUCCUGUUGUCCUAUUUCAUGGCCAUGAACACGUCUCCAGAGUUGAAAAGCUGGUACGAGGUACGACGACAAUCCUUGAGAAGGACAAGAUCAUCACAGAGGAUUUUGAUGGCCCGUCAACCUGGUUCUGGACCACGACGUCCGACGGUUCACUGCGUGUGUCCCAGUAUAACGGGCGGCAUAAUCGUGAGCCCAAUGACUCGGCACAGCUUUUGUGUGUCAACACCUACAACGACAGACUGGUGCUUCAACGCAGGAGAGUGUACAGGAAUGGCAAAGUUACCAAUAUCUUUCACUACGAUUAUGAUAACCGUCAAACAAAGAUGCCAUUGCAGCGCCAUUGCAUCAGAGGAGAACUCGAGGGCCAGAUCGUGAAAUAUGAUCAUCGUGGUUACAUCUCAAGUGGCUCAUCCAUACGUGGUGACAGUCUGGUCAGCUGGAAAUACUGCUAUCGUCGGGAUGCCAAGCACGAGGACGAACUUCUUUGGGCCGAAUACACAUUUCCCGACACAACUAUCAAGGUGUUAUGGAGUAUGCCACACCAAAACCCCGAUAAGAGACUGGACGAAUGGGUUCCUUUCUCCGUGGUGACGGAGGCAACUUUCAUCCAGGGUCAUAAUACCUUCCAUGCGUCUUGGGAUUUUGAACACAAGCUCCACCCUGAGGUCUCGGUUACUCUAAACGGCAACCCUGUGUCCGCACCCCCUAUGAUCAGUGAGGAUUGGUUUCACGUCCUGAAGAAGCCAGAGAACUGCAGCUUCUUGAAUGAGAACCCACUGCUCUCAUUUUCUUCUAUCAAAUCCAGCCUUGUUUCACGAAUUCUUGGUCUGAACGCAAAACGCUACCCAAUCUCCACCGCCGCUGCCCGUACCCAGCUCUGGAAGGCAUGGAAGAAUGGCCGCGAGAUCGAUGCUAUCAGUGCCCAGUGGAUUGAUGAAGCGCUGCUGCGUUCUGAUCAAGUGAUGCGGCCUUACUGGAGGCGUCGAGACUUUGGUCUGCUCGGGGCAGCCAAGAGGUACAUCGACACUCAGGCCGAUACUGUCAUGGCAAGAGUGGAUGUCGACCCUCAAAUCAGCUCAUGGGUUCAUAUCGCAUUCAAAUUAAGUGACUUGUCUACCUUUGGUCGGGCGGGGGAUGCCCGAAUUAACACACGGCACUUAUCCUCGCAGAUCAUGGACAACGAGCAUGAACUCCACGUUCUCUGCAUGGAUACCUCAACUUGGCCAAAUGACCCUGGUGGUGUAUCCGCCUGCCGUCGGGACAUGAUCAACGACCUAAACACAAUCAAGUGGCAUGUUCUUGCUGAAUCCGCCAAUGAUUACGGUGUGCCGCGGUUUCAAAUUGAACGAAACGUCCAGUCGCUUACCAUCUUGCCGCUUUGGGGCCUGGACUUUCUCAAUCCUGUCCACGGGAUUCUGGAGAGCAGUCUCGAUACCGCAGUUGUUCAACGCUCCUUUGAUACGUGUGCUGCAGAUAUAAUGCAGAACUUCAUUCCUAUACUUGGCAGCUUGGUAAAGUGCGCCCGAACUGUCAAGCUAACCCGCGAACACGUCGAGGAGGCUACCAAUGCGCUGGUGCAUUUGAAUACGUACUUUGAGACAUCUCGCAACUGGAGUGACGUUUGGAAUCACCCUAUUGUCAAGGAGAGAUGGCGCGAGCUCUGGCUGAGUGAAGACAUUGACGAUGCUUUGAACAUUUCCGAAUGGUGGGAUUUCGAGAUGCCUACGAUCAAGCAACUCGACGAAGCUUUGAAUCUGUGGUCACGAUACCUUUUCAUCUUCUCCCUUCCAGUCCCGGAACACAUACCCGACGUGUUCCAGGCAUCCCACCAUUUCACUGGUGCCACCUAUGGUAUCGUCUGCAAGAAGAAGCGGAACAUAUCCCUGCACAUCUGGGAUCAUUGCAUCAGCUACCGAGAGUUCACCACGUUCAUGAGCUCGGCUGUUUCUCAUGAUGCACCAUUCGUCAAUAGUACCCUGAUCUCCCUGACACAUCUUAGUUGUGUGUUGCUGGAGCACCAUGCUGACGUUGUACUUCCCUGCUGCGAUUACUUCAACCCCGGCUGGGAAAAGGAGCUCGGCACUGGCGAAGGCGCUAUUGAGCAUCGCCGGUCUUUUGCACGCAAAAUCGACCCUGUCAUCAACGGAAUCUGCAACAUGGAAAAGUUCGAGCCCACUGAAGUCGUCAGAACGAACCAGCCAACAGUUGUUAUGCUGUCGCAUGUCCAGUACGUCAAGGACAUCAAGAAUGCUAUCAUGGCCGCCAAUUUGAUCGUCAAUGAGUGGGGAUUCAAUGACUACCAUUUACACAUUUACGGCGAUCAGGAACGUGCUGCCGUUAUUGCGACUGAAUGUCAAGAGCUCAUUGCCUCGAAGAACCUUCAGAAUCACGUCAUUCUCAAAGGCCUCGGCGCUGCUUCUGUCGUUCUUCAAGACGCCUGGCUAUUUCUCAACUCAUCGAUCUCUGAAGGUUUGCCCUUGGCCAUGGGUGAGGCAGCUUUGACUGGCGUUCCCGUUGUCUGUACUGAUGUCGGCGCAUCGUAUUGUGUGGUCACUGAUCGUGCCACUGGUGACCGCUUCAGCGAGGUGGUGCCGCCUAACGACUCCGAAUCUCUUGCCCGUGCUCAGAUCAGCAUCCUUGCCCUACUGGGUCCUUGGAGCAAACACGCCGAAGAUAGUCCUGGCGUCGAAGUGCCAGUCCUCGAGUAUCCGGUGCCCUCGCCCGAGUCGGUGAGGAAAAUAUCUAGGCGCAUGUACUCAAAGCAAGAGCAACGCCGGUCUCUUGGUAUGCUGGGCCGAGAGAAUGUACUGAAAAACUUCUCGUCCGAUCGUUACCUGCGCGAACAUGAACAAAUGUUAUGGAUUGGAAAGCUACGCAGCCCCGCAAACCGCAGUCGGAAUAACGUAAGCAGCACAUCCGAAUUGGGGAGGACUAGUACUUGGUCGCGGGAGAUCAAGUCGCCGUACUCAAACUGGGCUAGGCCUGGAUCCAGACUCACACCCGAGUCGUGGGUUUCCCUCACAAGUGAAGAAUACCCUCGGGGAGGCUGGCUAUCGGCGUCAUCGAGCACACUGAUCUUGAAGGAGCUUUUCAGCAAGGAAACUUAUAGGAAGUCUAAUUUGUCAAUCGUUGAGACCCAGGCUCCGAAUUCUUGA